AUGGAGCAAUCAAGCGAACAUCAAGGUGAACUUUCUCUCAUUGAAAUGAUGGAGAGUUUAAAAGUACCCGGUGGGCGAAAAACACCGGAUCGAUCUGUCCAAUCCACCCAUUCAUCCCCUGCCAGUAUAGCGAUUGCGUUGAAUGAAGAACAGCAUCGACGUCAGGAAUGCGAGAAAGUUAUACAGCAGCUGCAAACCCAUAUAUCUUCCCUACAACAAGAACACGCUGUCGCUAAGGCAGCCCUACAGCGUAAGGAUUCCUUACUCAUGCAAGCCCAGCAACAGUGGAAAACAGUUGAAAGCGAUUGGAACCAAAGGCUCAGUUUAGCCAAUGAAGAAAAAGAUCGUCUGACCACGACGGUGGCUCGAUUGGAAGGACAAGUACAGAUUUCCAUUGCUGAAGCUCGAAAGAAAACCAUGGAAUUGCAAGCUGUCGUGCGCCAAAAUGACGAAAUCCUUCGCAGUCUUCGAGAGGAAAAUGCAAAUUUAAAAGAGAAACAUGAUCAAAGUCAAUAUGAACUAAAAGAAAUAACGAUACAGUUAGAAGGCAGCAAGAAGGAGGUCAAACAAAACGAGAACAAAAUUGAUGACUUGAAACGGGAGAAUCACCGGAUAAAGAGUCAAAUCGAAGAUUUAAAAAGGGAAAAGGAGAGAUCGGUCGUGGAACUUGAAUUACUGCAGCAACGGUUUGAAGCCAGCCAAGAGCAGCACGAAAAUUAUAGCCAAGUUCGCAUCAAAGAGGCUACCAAGAACGCCGAGGAAGAAGCAAAUCGACGCCUCCAGAUUUGGCAGAAUGAAGUCGAAUCAAAAAUGAGUCAUUUGAUCAACACCUUGGAGCACCAACUGGGCAUCCUGAAAGCAAAGAGCUUGGAGGAGUCGCAGGCCAGGGAAGCGCGUCAUCAAGAAGAAAUGAAGGCGAUGAGGGCGCAGUGCACGACGCUGCUGCAACAAGUCAAAUACCAGAAAAAAGAGCACGAUGAGCUCACGCGCAAAAUGCGGCAAUUGGCCGAAGCGCAGUGGAACACGGUGAACAAGAUAACACCUUCUUCGGGAGGCCGACAAACAGCUCCGUCGAUUGUUGCUAGCGAAAUUUCGGACGCCACCUUGCUAACUAGCGAUAGCACGAAUACUAACGUGCUAGUUAUCCAGGACGAGUUUCGCAAGUACGUCAGUCAGAGACAUGGCGCCCAGCCGUCCUCCAAAGAUACGAAGGAGCGGAAUGAGCCCACGUCAAGGAGGACUAAGUGAUACGUAGCCGUGGAUACUGGAAAUGAUGUACACCUCGUCUCCGCCCCAAAUUGGAAAAAUUCAAUUUUUCUGUAUUUUUUAAUAAGUGCCAGACUUACACAUGAGAAGGACACACGUGAAAGGAGAGGGCUCUAUUGCUAAACUUUUCUUGUUGGGCACACAUGUAGUUACUCUUCGUUACACAACGGAACACCAAAUGAUUGGGGGAGGGGAAAAAAACGAUAUAACAUAUCCUAUAAAAAGACAAUUCAUUUUGGCGAUGAUCAUGUUGUUCGGUUUAAAAAAAAAAACACAUGUAGUGAUAGAUUCAGAAGGAUGGAUUGUUACGUGAGAGAAUUGCAGCUUUGUAUGAGCUCGCGCGCUACUUGGCACUACAAAAAUCGACUUAAAAAAAAAAGACAUAUUUGAAAAAUUCAGAGUUUAAAACACAAA